AUGGCUAAUAGGCACAAGGCUCUGCAAGUGGAACCAAAGAAGAGCGCAGAACCAGCAGCAGUCUCUGUCCUGGCUUCCUCUGCUUCUGAAGAAGAGGCCAAAGAGGAAGAAAUUGACAUGGAGGACUACAUGAUUCCAGCUGUGGUCACUGCAGAGCUUGAGCAAUCCAUGAGAGUGGCCGUGAGGAAAAUAAAUCUCCGAGGACUGAGGAAGAAGGAAUUAAACUUCAAUGAACUCAUGGUCAUGAGGAUGAGUAGGAAUCCCAACCUGGUCAACUGCCUGGACAGCUACCUUGUGGAUAAGCAAUUCUGGCUGGUUAUGGAGUACAUGGAUGGAGGCACUCUGAGUGAUGUCAUCAGCAAGACCUACCUGUCUGACGAUGAGAUGGCAGCCAUCAGUCGGGAGUGCCUGCAAGGACUGGAUUUUCUUCACUCAGACCAUGUGAUCCACCGAGAUGUGAAGAGCCGCAACAUCCUUCUCAGAACUGACGGCUCUGUCAACAUUCCGAGCACCUAG